UUCAAAAGAGAAACCCUGGUGAGAUGUUCACACAGGAGAGGAGGAGGGGAGAAGGCGAAAGGAGGUUGAGAGAGGGAGAGAGUGGAGGGACUUUGAGAUUUUAAGUAAGUGUAUUCGUUAUGAUGUUCCCAGGCUGCUCAUUUCAUGAGUGCAGUUUUGAUCGACCGUUUUGAUGAAGCAUGUGGAAGCUGAACCAGACAAGUGAAAAAGAAAAAGUGGACCGAAUGUGUUUGAAGCAGCUGUGGAAGUAAGCGCUGGAUGAGGAUGAGUAAAGUGCAAGUUGAGGAUAGCAUCAUGUCAUACCUGUCACAGAGUGAGACUGAAACAAGCCCCAAAGACCUGAAUGUAGUGGCCAUGCUCCAUAACUUCUGGGAGCAGAAGCAGACGAGUCAGUUAAAUGGUUCAUCCACUGAAUCAGAUGGUUCUGUCAGGGAUGCAGCCAGCCAGGCAGAGAGCUUGCUGCUGUAUGAGUCUGCACCUUCCCCCGGUCCCCCAUACGUCUGCUAUGUGACUCUGCCUCGAGGAAGCUGUUUUGGUAACUAUAAGGUGUGUGACACUCUGGCAGAGGCCCGUAGAGAUGCGGCUCGUGUGGCUCUGAUGAACUCACUUGUGAACGAGCUGCCCUGUCGGCGUAUCAGCCCUCAGUUUAUCACUCAGAGUUUGCAGCAGGCCGCCAGAGACAGCGCUGUUUCUAUAGAAGAUGCAUGUGAUUCAAGCACAAGUUUAGGAACCUACAGUUUGCUUCUCAACUCCUACAUAGGCAGGACCAUGCUGGAGUUCCAGGGGAUGAUGACAGUUUUCCAGUUGUUGCACUGGAACAAGACACUGAAGGCUCUGAGGGAAAGGCAGUGCUCCAGACAGAGUGUGAUUGCCUAUUACUCUCAGCGAGGACUUGACGAGUACAUGCGCAGCAGCAUGGCUCUGGACUGGCUUGGACGGGAGCAGAGGUCACCUGGACGACUGGGAGAGGAGCUACAAGUGGCGCAGAGGGAGCUGGUGUUGGCCCGACGUCGAGGCAUAGAGCUGCGCUUCUACAAGGAAAAGACAGAGAUCCUCAGUUUGGCUCUGAGUCAAGCAUACAUUCACCACACACCUGAGGCCCUCAGCCAGACGCCGAGUCACACAUACAAGCAAGAACAACUUCCUUUACAAACAUUAUACUGCCAGGAUAGAGAAGUCCAGAUAACACCACCCCGCAGUCCCUCACCAACCCUCCAUAAAAACACAAAGCAAACAGUCUGUCAAACCUCUGGCAAACACCUGCCCUCCAACGGUUCUCCACCCAGCUCACAGCAGACGUAUGUGCCUCUAAAUCAGUUUGAAUAGACUGAAACAGGAGGUGGAGGAUAAAAGUUGUCAUAUGACUUUGUGAAUGAACUAAAGCUGAGAUUUGACAUCUAUAAGGGAGAACAUACUCUAUUGAUCAUGAUCAUGGUCCUCAUUUUUUGUAAACAGAAAAGGUCUGUAAUCAUGAGAGUUACAAAUACUGUUAUUUUGUGUACUAAUAAUGCUCUAACCUUAUUAACACUCUAAUAUCAAAUUUAGUUUUAUGACUAUAGAACUAAGACUUAAAGAUAAUGUAUUUGCAGCUCUUACCAUAAGAAAUACUACAUUCAAAUGAUUUAUAUCAAAUAGUUUGAAAUCUAGUUUUACUCUAGCAGUGACCACCUAUCCAUUUUUUGUAUGAAGAUCACUAUCUUUUACUGUCUUAUCUUUUAUUUAUGGUCAUUUCUGUUGUCUUUUUAGAAGUAUAUCAUAAUACACAAUGCCACCUGUAGUUUGAAAAACAGGAGUUUCAAAAUUAUUUGAAUUAUUUGGCCUUUAGUCUGACAUUACCUACCAGCAACUCAGUGCUCCUCCGUGCCUCACUCUUCCCUCUCUGUCUAGCAUGUCAUCUGUCACUUUUCUCAAUGGACAUUACUCGCCAGAGCAGUUCAGGAUACCGACUGUGACUGUGUGACAUGUUGGCUGAAUGUUAUGAGACCAAAAGUCUGUUAUGUUGUCAUAUUGUUAAUGUAAAGACCAGCUGGAUAUAAAAUACUAUCUCAUUUGUAUGUAUCAAGGAGAUUAGUAUGUGAUACGGGAUCAACUGCAAGUGUAAUUAAAGGACUAAGCACGUAUAUAUUCUUGAUAAAAGAUCUAGAGCAUCCAGUUGUCUCAG